AUGAAAAGGCAGUGCUGUGCUGCAGCUGUGCGACACAAAGCGACAGUGCGACUACUCCAUGUUAAGCUUUACCGGUACAAAGGCAACUGUCCGUUCUGCUUUCCCAUAUUAUUACUACAUCUGUUGGUUUCAUGCCAUUUGUUAUUAAUGUCGCGCUGCAAUACCAAUGGAGUAGCCGAAAUAAGUGGUUAUCCACCGUGGCAUUCAGAUAUUUACGUGGCCGAAGAGUUAAUUGGUACAGAAUUAGUAGCUGCAUUCAUCAUAAGACUUGCAUGCAUGCCUGAAAGAGGAAAGGGUGGUGAUGAUGCUGAUUCUCUCUAG